UUUGGGUGAAGUGGUUUAUCCUUAAACCCUAAUUUCCCUUUAGGAAAUUUACUUUUUUCCUUUCGAUUUUUGAAUAAUUUUUUGGGAGUUGAAUUUGGCGCCGAGGAGAGAAGAAUCAAGUGCCAGUGGAGUUUCGUUUUCCCGCCUUCUGUUCUUGUUGAUCCUUCGUUCUUGUUUCUUCGGUACAAAUUUCCUCACCGGAGCUUUGUUUUAGUGCAUCAAAACAACUAAACCAGUUAGCCGACGAUCAAACGCAACGGCGGUGGCAGUGUAAGAGGAGGAGGAGUGUUUAUGGCGAGAGUUCCGUUCUCGAACCUUAAAUCUAAACCUAAUACGAAAAAGAGGAAAACUAAUGGUGAAAUUAACAACCUCCAACAGAUGGAUGGAGGAUUGGGCAACGUAACAACUCAAUCACACUCGGAUGGUGAGUCUUACAUCGAUCGUCACCAUGGAUCUUCGAAUUCCGAGUACAAUCAAUAUGUGAGUUUAAAUAUAUCUUCGUGUUCUGGGAGGGAUUUGGUUGUUCUUAAGAAACGUUUAAUUGCGGAGCUUGAACAAGUUAGGAGAUUCAAGAAUCGCCUUGAAUCUGUCGGCAUUGGUUUCGGAACUAAUUGUUUCAAGAAAUCGUCCAAGACUAAGGAGAUUAACAAGCGGCCGAAGCCGCUGCCUAGAUUCGGUAGAGAUUUGCAGGUUUCCAAUUUGUUUGAAGUUAAGAAUCUGAUGAAGGCUUGCUCUCAAAUCUUGAACAAGUUGAUGAAGCAGAAGUAUGGUUCGAUCUUUAACAAGCCUGUGGAUGUGGUUGGGCUUCGUCUCCAUGAUUAUUAUGAUAUUGUUAAGCGUCCUAUGGAUUUAGGGACUGUGAAAUCUAAACUAGCUAAGAAUUUAUAUGACUCACCGUUGGAUUUUGCUGAAGAUAUUAGGCUAACCUUUAACAAUGCCAUGUUGUACAAUCCAAAAGGUCAUGAUGUUCAUGUCCUGGCUGAGCAGUGGUCGGUGAAAUUUGAGGAAUUGUUUCGCACUGUUAGUGAGAAGAUGGGCGAGCUGGUGCAGCCAGACCUGUAUGAGGAGGAAUUGCAAGCCAGUUCUUGGAAUCAUGUAGAAGAGGCGAAGGUGAAAGCGCCAUUGAGCUCAUCGAAACCGCCUUCAAUACAGUCGCCAGUGAAAACCCCGUCGCCAGUGCGGGCUCCUCAAGUGAAGCCUGUAAGGCAGCCAAAGCCGAAGGAUCCGAACAAAAGGGAGAUGAGUUUGGAGGAGAAACACAAAUUGGGAGUUGGGUUGCAGGGCUUGCCUCCUGAGAAAAUGGACCAAGUGAUACAGAUUGUGAAGAAGAGGAGUGGAAAUUUGACACAGGAUGGGGACGAGAUUGAGCUUGACAUCGAGGCAGUUGAUACCGAGACCCUUUGGGAACUCGACCAGCUGGUGACAGAUUGGAAGAAAAUGAUGAGCAAAGUCAAGCAGCAAUCCCUCAUCAGUAACAAUGCAAACGCUGAUUCCAUUAAAGCGAAUAAUGAGAUAUCAUCUGCAAAUGAAUUGAUUGAGGCUAAAACAGAGGAAAAGAAGCUUAGAAAAGGGGAUAUGGGUGAGGAAGAUGUGGACAUUGGGGAUGAGGAGAUGAUGCCAGUGGGUGGUUUCCCUCCUGUUGAAAUUGAAAAAGAUGCAGCUGCUCAUGCUAGCAGUAGUAGGUCUGAUAGCUCAAGUAGUUCAGACAGUGAUGAUUCUUCCUCCUCAAGUGGUUCUGAUUCAGAAGGUAGUUCCUCCAAUAGCGAAUCAGACGGUGACGGCGGCGGUCAAUCAUAGGUGGCCAGUCUCUUUAGGAUAUAUUACUAACAGCUUUCGGAACUAGCUGUCCACUGAAGCACAUCAGUAACUAGAUACUGAGGUAUGAAGAUAGAUUAUAAAUCAGCUUCUUCAUCAUGCCUGAAAAAACAAAGGGGGAUGAAGUUUCAUGGUCUUUAUGUUGUUUAUUUUAAUGGUUUUCAGAUUGAAAUGUGAAGUAAAAGUUGGGGGCUGAUGAGAAGGGGAAGGCUUUUUGGAACACUUUUUGAGCUUGAUUUGAAUGAAUGCGUGGGAGGUUCAUGUGGGCGAUAGGAGAAUCUGGAAAAAGAUAAUUGCUGCUGAUUUCCCGUUUUUUCUUUGAAUUGAAAUUUGUUUGUGUACAAAUGGGUUGAAAAGGAGAGUAAUAGAUGUAUUAUUAUAUGGAAAAUGGUAGUGACUCAAUCCAAGUUCUCAAAAAGUCUCUGAUGUUUGAAGGAUCCUCUAACGUUUGAGUUGUAAAUAGAAUUCAUUUGAA